CGGGCAGUCCCGGCGGUGACAGGAGAGACGUUGCUGCUGCGGCUGCUGCUGCGGCUGCCGUGUGAAGGUGCAGGGCGGAGGCUGCGGCAGCAGGGGGCGCUGCAGCUCAACAGCCGGGACACUCAGAGAUGAUGGAGGUGCAUGGUGGGAUGGACCUCAUCGACCUCCUGCUCAGGAAUACAGAUGAAACCACCGGUUGCCACAGCAACCAACCAUGGACCACAACAAUUCAUGAAACUCAGAGCCCUGAGGGAAGUUCUGCUGAUGACUUCCUGGACGCCCUGCUGGGUGGGAGCGACUCCUCCUCCGUUCCAGCAUCCCCCCUGUGGUCACCCUGCACCACUGAUAGCGGCAUCAACGAGGACACCCCGUCAGAUCACAGAGACAGUCUUCACCCACCCUUCUGCACAGCUUUUCCAGCCUUCAACACACAGCCUUUCCCUCAGCCUCUACCUCCAGAGAACCAGGCACCACCAAAUGAAAAAACGUCUGACGUCUUCAUUGAGCUAGGCUGGGAGUCGGAUGACCUCCAAGAGCAAUUUGGCAUUGCACACUACCUCACUACGAGCCAAACCUCCCCUCUGUCCUCCAGUCAGACUCUCACAGUGAAAGACCUGCUGCUUUCCAACCCCGGGCAGAGUGCACAGCGCAUCCCCCAGCAUUCCCUGCAGGAGCUUGUACUUAAUGAGGAUGAGAAGAAGCUUCUGGCCAAAGAAGGGGUGAACUUACCCAGCAAACUGCCACUGUCCAAGUUUGAAGAGAGGGUUUUGAAGAAGAUCCGGCGGAAAAUCCGCAACAAGCACUCGGCUCAAGAAAGCCGGAAGAAGAAGAGGGAAUAUGUUGAUAGUCUGGAGGGAAGGAUGUCUGCAUCUAGUGCUCACAACCUGAAGCUGCAGAGGAAGAUCCAGCAGCUGGAGGAGACCAACAAAGAUUUGCUGGAGCAGCUAAGCCGGCUACAGGCCCUCCUUCCAAACAGCCCCAGUAAAACAACACACAGAGGGACCUGCAUCUUGGUUUUGCUCCUCUCCUUCUCUCUGCUCAUUUCCUCAAAUCUUCAGCCAGACCCCUACAGCCAGCCCAGCCAGGGAGACUACACACAGAGCAAAGUGCCUUCCCGCUCCCUGCAGACGAUAGAUGAAGUGCGAGACGUCCCUCCUCCCCCUCUCUUCUCCGUCUCCAGGGGCUUUGAAGCACUGUACAGGCUGAUGGAGAAGCUCUGACCCUGGACAGAUUUCCCCAUGGUUGAUUUCCCAUCCUCUCAGCACCAGGAUCACAGGCACCGGGACCAUCACUGAUCUCCUUGGGACCCCCAGGAGGAAAGAUGUAGCAAAGGAAAGCGGGCUUGCUUGCAACUGCAGCAUGACAAUGAGCAGUUUAAUUGCUUUUCAGCAUCUGUUUUCUCACCGCAGAGACUGAGUGAGGCGUUAUAGUAUAGUAUAGUAUAGUAUUUCAAAUAUUUAAGGUCUGUGAGGAGGUCGUCAAAACAGAUAUAAUUUUUCAUUUUGCUUUGGAAAACAGAGCCCCAGGGACCUGGUGGAGCAUGUAUUAUAUACCGUAUACACUACUGCAAGAUCCAUGAUCUGCAAAGCACUACAAAUGUACAUUCACUGCUGUAUUUUAUUUACUUUUGAUGUAUAUGUUGAAAACCUUUUUCCAGAAUGAUUUGCAUUUUGUAACAGU